GUAUACGCUCAGCUGCCAUGCUUGGUUUACGAGCGAAAUAUCAAACUGACAAGAACAUAUACGUCCAUUUGGUCGUUAUCGUGUCCUCAUUUUUAUUCCUGUUGAGUGCUUAUGGUCAAGAAGGAAGGUGAUGAGUAGUGCUAAUUUCCCAGGUGGUGGGGGUGAAAGACGGGAGGACAAACCCGAAACCCUCCCUACAGCAGCCCCGCCCACUUUAAGUGGCACACCUGCCCACAUUCACGCUCAGCCACAUCAAGUGGACAUUAAGUUACAGACAAUUAGACCAAAGAUAAACCAGUCCGGGAGUCUAAGUCAUCCACAUCCGCAGUCACUAACAGCAAUGUUGCCCACAGGGUUAGUGAGCAAUCCCAGUGACGGGGUGCAUGGUCAUAUCGCCACCACCGCUUCAAGUGGGCUGUCGGCGGCACCGCAUGGCCAGCUGUCUGCUGCCGUAUCCAAUCUCGUUCAUCUCAGUGCUUCAGUGGCAGGUGGUGCUACUCAGUCGCUAGGCAACGCCCUCCCCUUGAACGUCAUCACGAGAAAUGUCACUCCACGACCACAGUUUGCGUCACACUUACCUAGAGGAGCAAUCGCUGCAGCAGCAUUGUCAAAGACAUCUGGCAACAUCGCUACCGCAGCCCCAGCUGUGGUGCGGCCCCCGGUUCAGAUCCCAGUGUCAUCCAGUGCUAUCCACGGUGCAGGUGUUAUCCCCACCAUACAGCCCUCUCUGGGCAGAUCACCCAUACUCUCAGCCAUCAAACAGGCCACGCCCCCCUCCACACGGUCACCCUCACCUGCUGUCAACAUUUCAACCUCACAGCAACCUGAAACUCAUCGAUCAAGCUUUGCCAUUCAUGGCCAGCCACCAGCUACAAACCCUCAAAACAUCCAGAUCACUUUGACGACAACGAGGUCGACGACGGCCAUUGAGAUUCCGAAGCCUGUGAACACCCACAGUCAACAGAAGCCUCUGAAUGUCCCCAACCCAAUGUCCAUACAAGCUCCAUCCAAAGUUAUCGUCUCACAGACAGUGAAUCCACUGCUGCCUCAUCUCGCUAAACCAGUGAGUCUGUCAAUGACAGGACACAUAUCGUCAGCCAGUGCCACGCCCCUAACCCCCGGCUCCAUCACAACUACCACAACUGUAGCAUCAACACCAUCAACAAUACCUAUAGCCAAAGUUACCCCCCAACGUCAGCAACAAACCAUCCCCCAGCCCAAUAGUGUGUCCCAGGCAACACCAGCCCAGGAUCUGAGUCGAACAGAGGCCUCAACAUCAUCAACCAGUCACCCCCACGGGCAGCCAGCAGGGGGACUUUUCAUUCCACAAGCUCAUCGUAUCCCAGCAACCACUGCACCAAUCACGACAGCAGUAGCAGCAGCACCUUCUUCAACACCGCAGCAACAGGAAAAUCGGACAGUGGGCAAUAUCCCCCAGCUGCCUCACCUGUUCUCCCAGACUGAACUGUGGCAGAGCUACCCUCUACAGUACCAGCAGCUAGUGUACCAGCAGGUGGCAGCACAGGCAGCACAAAAUCCCCUCGCUACCCCCAUUACCACCCCAGCCACAGCGCCAGUCAGACCCAGCCCUGGGACCCUCAUCUUCCCCCGACCGCAGGUGGAACAGUCAGUUCCGAGCCAGAACCCGAACCUGGCUGCGACCCUCCAGGCUCACGGGAUGACGAUGGGUCAGACCCAGACUCUGAGGUUCAACUCCAUGAUGGUGCAAGUGGACCCACGCCACCCCAUGUCCACCAUGCACCCCCAGUUUGCCACUACGGCGGCUGCGGCCGCCGCCAUCACCAGUGGGGCAUCUCUACCUCAACAGGACAGUAAACCAACAAUCUCAGCGACGCUGUGUCGGACCCCGCCCCCUGCCUCCUUGCACGACGCCAGCCACAACAUGAGUCUGUCCACUGCCGCCACAGUCGCUAGCAGCAUCUACACCAGCUCCCCAAACAUGCAGACACAGUCGUCCUCCAUCAACAACCCCAGUGCCUCACCGCGCCCUAGCAUUCUCAGAAAACGAACCAGCGAUGGUGCUGGUGUUGUUGUGAAGCGACCGAUCGGACUGAUGCCUGACAAUCACAGUCCUCGGCCAGAGCCCUCCCAGCCCCAGUCCAAUACAAGCUCACCAAAAACUCCAGCGGGUGACAACAACAGUCAGUCCUCAACAGACACUGCCUUGUCAUCCAAUGAUGCAACGACCCCCACACAAAACUCACAUCUAGACGUCAAGAUCAAGCAGGAACCACCAGAUACUAUGGAGAAUGGUCCAUCAUCGCUGAACAGCCUAGCAUCCUCUCCAGUCAGCAACUCACUGGAGGCGUCGCCCAGGAAGAAACCAAGGAAACAGUUACUGAAUGCAACAGAGGAGCUAAAGGACAACACAUCAACAGAUGAGGAAGUGGAGAAGGUCAGCGGCCAUAAAGAGAACAAGCCUAAGGAAAUCAAGAAAGAACAGAGAGAUGAAUUUAUUGAUGACGACGGAGUACGGUGGACGUCAGAGAAGAAAAGACCAAACAUUAAUCUUCUUAAUUUCUACAAUAUAACAUGGAAGCCGAAGAAUAAUCACUUUCAGAGAUUUACUGAUGUUAAGCCUAAAGAGGAAAGGCGGCCGACAGUAAAUGAGCUGUCUAACCAGAGAGGCAUUCACCAGAGAUCAAGUGGCUGGAAAUUGUACCACAUGGCAUCUCAGCUAGAAAACUUGAAUGACCUGGAGAAGGACAUGUGUGCCCGGAUCAGCCAGCUGCAGGCAGCCCUGGCGCCAAGAGCGCCUACCAAACAGGCAAUGGUGGAGGACUACGAUGGUAUCAUUCAUGAACUCUCACAGGCCAAUAUUCAGCGAUGUCAGCUGAUUGGAGAUCAGCUAGAAGAGGCAAGGUCAUCCAUGCUGAAGAUUCUCGAACACAAACCUCGCAUACAGGAAAUCAUCAACAAGCACAUGAGCAAACGACCAAUCAAAAAGAAGGAGAGGACGUAACACACAUGGUACACACAUCGAGUGUGAUACGAGACAAUAUCCAGCAAGUAUUAACCCUAUGACCACAUGACUGUCACUGCAGGUCAAAGCUGUGAGGGUUAAUUACAUAUAGCAGCACAAUGUGUGUGAUACAAGACAGUGUGUUAACCCCUCAACUCUCGACGACAAUACUGCAGGGCAAAGAAUGAGAGCGGGUUAACCGACUGAUGGCGAGUGGCAAUAUAUCAUUCAUUAUCAUCUGUCAACAAUUCUUCCAUCACCCUGUGUAAUGUCAAGUCAAAAUGAUCGUUUCCAGUGCUUGUAAAGCCACGGUGUGUUCGUUUGUUUGGUCCUGAAGAACAGGAAUCAUUCAGGAUUCUUUUAAGUCUGAUUGUUUUUCUGAGUAACUCUGAAUUGUGUUGAAUGAAAUCAGGGCCUGCUCAUGUGAUUGAAAGACAAGGUAGCUGAUGUAGUAUUUCACUACUUCUCCAUCGGAAUUUCCUGUUCGUGACUCUGGUCAGCUGGCAUCCAGUUCCACGAGAGCUUCAUAACGAAGGAAUACUAGUGCUACUUUUAAUAUUAUGGCUACAUGUGUAAAAACGGUAAAGAAGAAUUGGUUGCUUGGAACCUAGAACAUUUUUUUCAAGACUUGGAUCAUGGAUUCGCCUACUCGGCAUUUUAGCAGUGAUAAAAAUAUGACUUUAUUUUUGUUUUCGCUGACCAUUUAAGCUAUUUUUACCCGAUAUUCAUAUGUGGAUCUGUGAAGAUACAUUACAACUCCGGUAGGGAGUGUAUAGGUUAUAUAUGGACAUAAGAUGACUGGCUGAAGAAAUAGUUUGUAUUUGGUUACAGUAUCUCUUGUCCGGUAAAUAAAACAUAACAAUUAGUUGUUA